GAUAGGAGUGUAUGUAAAGAAGUUCAAAAACUCAAAACAUACAAAUCAACAUUGCUGUGCAUUGCCUUUAAAACAGUGCAUUCAGUGAAAAUUUUAAUUUAAUGAGAUGAAUAUCUGACAUUAAACAAGAAUGAAUCGAUCAGAGGGAAUAACGUCAAGAAGCUCCAUUAUUGACCAAUGUUCAAUAUGCUACUACGACAUAGCAGAAGAAACGAAAUCAGCAACCUCGCUAUGCUUUCACGAGUUCUGCUUGUCAUGCAUUAAGAGGUUGGCGAAGUUGAAUGCAGUUUGUCCGAUCUGUAGGCUAACCUUCACAGAGAUCCUAAACAACAUCGGUGCGAAUGUCGGCUACGACGCUUAUGGUAUACCAAGACCCACACUGACAGCAAAGAGGCGAUUAGACAGGAGUGACAAUAGUGAAGCUUACUCCCCAGCUACCUUGAACGAUUUGUGCAACAACGCGCAAACAGGUGCAUUUGAUUUCAUUUCCAACCCUAGUGUGAUAUAUCAGCCAUCAUCAGUUCUUACGCCAUCAAAUCCCAGAGCACAAAACUGCGAUACUUACGAUACGGUAAGACUCACAUUCACUGCAAAAAGAAGACUUAGAAGCAACAGAAGCGAACAUGGUGAAACUUCAGUGAACUCUAAUGGGCUGCCAGUGAACAAUUCAACAUACAACAAUCCAACAUUCAAUAAUUCAACAUACAAUUAUUCAACAUACAACAAUUCAGCUUUCAAUGACUCUACAUACAACAAUCAAACAUUUAAUAAUUCAACAUACAACAAUUCAGUAUUCAAUAAUACAACAUACAACAAUCCAGCAUUCAAUGAUUCAACAAACAAUAAUCAAACAUUCAAUAAUUCAACAUACAACAAUCCAACAUUUAAUGAUUCAGCAUACAACAUUUCAACAUUUGAUAAUUCAACAUCCAACAAUCCAACAUUCAAUAAUUCAACAUCUAAUAAUCAAACAUUCAAUAAUUCAACAUACAACAAUCCAACAUUCAAUAAUUCAACAUACAACAAUCAAACAAUAAAUAAUUCAACAUACAACAAUCAAACAUUAAAUAAUUCAACAUACAACAAUUCAACAUACAACAAUCAAACAUUAAAUAAUUCAACAUACAACAAUCAAACUUUCAAUAAUUCAACAUACAACGAUCAAACGUUCAACAAUUUAACUGGCAACAAUCCAACACACAACAAUCCAACAUGCGACUUUGAGGAAAACAUCCACAACCACAAUAAUAUUUGGCCAGCUGGCAUUAACUCUGGUAAUAACAAGACCAAUUACAUGAAUAAUAUAAAUACUCAAACUUUCAAUAAUAAUAACAACUGGUCAAUGGAAACCAGCACCAAUUUCAAUGGAAAUGAGAUAAACGUUCAAUGGCCUAGGCAAUCAUCAGCUUCAAUGGCCACAACUAAUUUUUCUAACAACAACAACUUCGGUAUCAAUGAACAAAACUUUACAUCAUAUUCUGGAAACACAAAUUCGAUUCAACAUCUCUAUCGUCCAAAUAACAAAAGAACUUUUUCUGCUGAGGCUGAUGGAGCAGACCGAAACAAUAAAAUGAUGAAAACUGAAAAAUGGACCCAAAACUCCAGAUUGCCUUACAUAGAGUAUUUUAGCGAGUUCAACGACAGUUACAAUAGAAAAGAUUGA